ACUCAUAUAUUUUUAUUCACCCACCACUUCACUCAUAUGUAUGCACUAAUAUUAACCUUCAUCUUCUUAAUGAAUUUUGUAUGCACUAAUAUUAAGAAUAAAAAAAUAAAUUUUUAUUAUUUUAUUUUUGUAGUGCAAAAAUGGAUGACAUGGAAAAAGAAAGAGAGAUGGAAAGAGAAAUAGCGGGCCCUAGAAUAGAUGACAUGUUAUCGAGAUUGGUAUGCAGCACGCGGACGACGUCUAAUACGAAAUCCUGCCCACCAUCACAAUGAAGGCGCUGAGAGCUCCGCAGCUGCUCUAGCUAUUGCGGUUAAUGGGUUCAAAAAGUUGCAUGCUAUCUUGUCGAGUGGAUGUUCUCGUGUUGUCAACAAUGCGUGCUUACAACUUAUCCAGAGUACACUCCAAGAUAUGUCACGCUAUCACGCAGAUGUUAACACCCAUCUUCAAGAUGAAGAUGAAGUUGAUGAUGAAGACGAUGAUGAUGAUGAUGACGACGGAAAAGGAGGUGGCCAUGGAGCACAAGCAUAUACACAACCUGGCCUUGACACACAAGCUUAAUUGUUUGGGUCAUCUUCUAACAUGCCUAAUGAUGUUCCUAGUUCAUCGUGGUGGAAUUAUUAAUUUUUUUCAGUUGUUAAUUUCCUAUGCUUAUUAUGAAUUUGAACUUCUUACUGUUCUUAAUUUGGUAUGUACAAUUAUAAAUUAGAACUUUCCAU